CAGAGUCGUGGCGCGGUAGUUGGAUUUUAUAAAAUAACAACAAAUACUACAAUAGUUUUUUUAAAGGAAAAUGGAUGUUGAGGGUUAAAACUCAGUGCUUAGCUCCACGUCGCUAAGUUAUUGUUACUAAUCGUGUAAUUCCGGGUAGUGUUGACCCGUGUUGUUUUUGCGAAUUGUUUCAUAUUGAUUUUUAUUCUUCGCCGGUUUUGUAACAUUGUUUUAAAGAUAACAAUAUUUUGAUAAACUAUAUUAGCUUUUAUAAACUCAGUUUUGUGUGGAAAUAAGUUUGUUAUCAUAGUGUGUUUAACGCAAAAAGAACUUUCAGUACUGCAUUGUGUUGUAACGUGGGAAACAACGGAUAUCAACAUGGAGAAGGUGGAGUCAGCCCUAGACGUGCUGUCACGCGCUGCAACCAUGGUGCAACCUUGUCCUGCAUAUCCAGCCAGUGAUUCAGAAAGCUUCGAGACCCCGAGCACAGCAUCGAGUGGGGAAUCAGAAGGAGACCGAACACUGUCUCCUGAGACACCCCGCGCGCAACCAAAAGAACUUACUGGAAAAUGGAGGCGAGAACGGCGAUCCACGCGGCUGCCCGAAUAUAGGCCAAGAGAGAACGGAAAAAUGGCGUUAAGGUCACAGUCUUUUAACGAGCGACGUAUAGCGCCAUCAAUAGCGCGCGCACAGCCUCACAGCGACGGAGAGCUCUCCGACGAAACGGAUGAAGCGCCAGAAAAUCUAGCAAUCAACAUCAAUGGGAAAGCACCGCCAGAAUACCCCGGCGCAAAGCACGAGGCACCCAUAGACAUGAGACUCCGCUCCCGCCCCGCCCCUCCACCUUACAACCGGCCGUCUGUCAUCAAGAGUAACGACGCACCACCCGGUUCAAUGUCAAUGUGCGAUCCAGUCAUAGACGAGCACUUUAGGCGCUCCCUCGGUGACGAUUACAUGAACCUGUUCAAGAAGAACGCACCCCCAAACGCAGAGAACAGCCAGGCGAACUCUAAACCAAACAUGAAAGACAGAGCCAGUAGUCCCAUACAAUUCCAGCCAGAAGAACCACCUAAGCCAACCAAAAUCAUAGCAAUGGAAGUAGAUGAUGCCAGUCUUUCUGUGGACGAUCACUUCACAAAAGCCCUCGGAGACACGUGGCGCCAAAUCCAAACCUCAAGGUUAAAAGACAACGAAAAGCAGUCCACGAAAGGUGGCGUGGACGACCAUUUCAGCAAAGCGCUAGGCGAUACGUGGAAGAAAAUCCAAUCUUCCAAACUCAACAUCGAAGAUAGCAAAAGUAAGGACCAAACAGCCAAAAUUAUCACAAGGAGUGGCGUCGUUAUAUAAUGACGGCAAUUUACUCUUGGCGGUUCAGUUUAUAGCCCCGUAUAAAUUUACGAGGCAUCACGAUUCUAACUGGAGUACCAAUAAAUUACCACUUGUUUAACCUAAAUGUCGCUGUCGGUUUUUAUAGUGGCAUGAAUUUAUCGCCGUUUAUCGAUUGAUAUCCAUGACAUUAGGGUAGUUGACUUAUCGCAAAAUAUAAUACAAUAAAAGGCCGAUGAAUUGGUGAACGCAGACCCAUAUCAUUUUGAAAUCUCCAUUAUAUUUUGUCCACACCAGUAACUAAAUAUCUUCCUUCUGGCCAAAAUAUUGCUCUUCGGUUUUUACUUCUUUUAGCUAUUUAUUUUUUCUUACGGUUCAUAAGAUGGAAACUUUUUAGUAUAAAAUAUGUAAAAAUA